GAGAAGAUGUUGAAGUUCUUGUCAAAGGUGAAGAUCCAGUUCAAUGCUCUAGACCCACGAACAGCUUCAUGUAUGGAGUUUUUGGCUCAGUGUAAUGCCCCUAAAGCCAAAGAAUCGAACCCAAGAUGUCAAGUACAGGUCAAGCGCCGCACCGAUGACCAACCACCUCAAAUCACUGUCACCUUCGUAAACGGAGUCGAACAAACCUAUGAUGCCACUUCUACACCUGCACAGGACAUUCGUAAGAUGAUUCUUGAAAAGGGUCAGUAUCUUGAGACUGAACAAAUGUUCCGUGAAGCUGGUGAGAAGUGGCCCGUUAUUGUUCCUGAUGAUGAGCUCCAACAACCAUUUCUUGGUAUAAAGGUGCUAGCUUUUCCCUUUUCCAUUAGUGCUAUGUGAUUUGAGGCAAAUUGUCGAACAGAUUGAGUGCAUUGCAAAGACCUCUGCUUAUGUUUAUUUUUGUGAGUAAAAAAUCUGAUCUUUUUAUGGAUUUUUAGAGAAAUUGUUGUUUUGUUUUAUAUAUGAUUUUUGAAGGAUGUGAGUUUAUAUGUAAGAUUCUCUAGUGGCUUGUCAAAAAGGAUGAAAAAGUGAAUUUUUGUAGUUGUAUUCAUGAUUGUGGUCGAGGCAAUUCGUUGAACAGAUUCCAUGCAUUGCUUUUAGACCUCUGCUUAUGUUUAUUUUUAAUUUGCGCGUAAAAAAAUCUGAUCUUUUUAUGGUUUUUAGACAAUUUGUUGUUUUGUUUCAUAUAUGAUUUUUGAAGGAUGUGAGACCUUAUAUAUACAACAUACCCAGUGAAAUCCCACAAAGUGGGGUCCGGGGAGGGUAGAGUGUAGGCAGACCUUAUAUAAGAUCCUCUAAUGGCUUGUCAAAGAAGGAUGAAAAAGUGAAACUUUUUGUAGUAUUAGAGGUGUUGCAUACUUGCAUUCAUGGUUGUGUUACUAUGUAGUGGCAAACAAUGUGCUUAAUUCUGAGAGCUCUACGGAAAUUCCAAUUUUCUAUAAUCGACCCCUGAUUGAGAUUGUUUUUGAAUCCACGUAUUUGUUCUUAUCUGCUGGGGUAUCUUUCAAGUUUUGGAACUUCUAUUUUCUGAUGCUUAAUAAACCAUUCUUAGUUCAUUAGCAUUUGUUACUACCCCAUGAGAAUUAACCAGACCAGAGAGCUAUUAAAACUAAAAAGUGCUUCCGUUUUUGUACAAGCUUGAGCAGAAUAAAGAUGUCCUACUGUACUAGUUAGUCGAAAUUUGUUUACCUAAUUGAUUAUUUGUAUAGGACACAACCUUAAUAUCAGUACAACAACAAGAAGUUACCCAGGUUAAUCCCACAAAGUGGGGUCUGGGAAGGGUAGAGUGUACGCAGACCUUACCCCUACCGGGGAGGUAGAGAGGCUAUUUCCGAUAGACCCUCGACUCAAAGAACAACGUAAAUAUCAGUGGCAUAAUAAAUACUAGACCAAGAUUAACAGGUUGAUAUCUUUAUAAUCCUUCCAGUUCUCUGAAAUAUUAAAAGCAAGUUUGACCUACUUAUCCAAAAAAAGCUUGCUUUGACGUAACAUUUUAUUUCCAAGCUAUAAUCUAUGCCAAUGUGUGUGACUCUAUGUCCAUCUCUGUGUUUGUGUAUGUGCGUGUUUAUUUUUUAUUCUAAAUGAUGUGUGAGAAAGCAGUUCUUAGAGAGCUGAAAGUAUGUUUAUCAUGUGGGAAGUGAUCAACUAUCAUUAUUAAGGGGUCCUAAGGAGAUGCAACCAAGGUAUUCAUCUUUGUUAGGCAGCUGAGGUCAGGCAUAUGUUUAUAUUUUUUCCCUAGUAAUGGUGGUGGCCCAUAGGUAGGGCAUAUAUUUCCCAAGGCAUUACCUGUCCAAAAAGAUCAGUGGAAUCUAGUCGAUGUCCAAAGUUGGGACUAUAAGUGCUGCAAUAAAAGGGGUUUUAUGUCUGUCUUGCUAAAUUUUACAGGUAAUGAAUGUAGUGAUUUUAAGGAGCUUUGUGGAUUGAAACCAAACCCUUGGAAAAAUUAUGUUAAAAUAAAUGGAUAAGAGACUUUGAGGAGCUUUCUGUUUUUAACCCAAUCAUUUGAUAACAGCAAGAAUUUGCUUCUUGGUAGUUGUACUAAUUUUGUUGCCAUCGAAAGAGUUACUCUUGUUGAGAUGCUUCAAGAUCAAUUUAACCCAAUCAGAACAGCUAAAUGCUGAAUGCAAAGUGUCAAAUAAUGGAAGACAUCUUGAGAGGAUAUGAAUGGUGAGGUGAGGACGGGGGUUCCAAGCUUUAUGAAUUACUAGGCACUUGUACUUAAGAAGUUUUUGAAGAGCUUCUUUAAAAACUUUGUCCAUCGUAGAUCUUUUAAAUUUAUCAGGACCAAGUAUUUUUGGUCUUUAUUAACACCAGUUUCUCUUCUUCAACAACCAAGCUCAACAAACGCAAGAUGGUGUUCUUUAAAAGUUUCUUCAACCAAACCAACUACAAAUUAUAAGUAAAGAGUCUUCAAUUUUCUAUGACACAUACAAAGAAGACGGAGAAGAAAAGGAAAGAGAAGAGUUCGCAAAAGUGGAAGGAAAGAAUGGAGACUACGGAGAAGUUGAAGAACGAACUACAACAGAAGAGAAGGGAUAAUAUUGCUGGUAAAGCGAAGGAGAAGAAGAUGAGGAAGAUUGCUAAAAGGGAGAAGAAGCUUAUGAGGUUGGGAUUUGAGGGACGAAAGGAAGGCUACAUUACUCAGGAUAAAAGCUAAACUGGUCAUGAACUCUUUUCGUUUGUUUACUUAUGUUGAAUUUAGAUGCUAUUUCAUUUGGAGAGAAAGUUUUGUGAUUGUUCUGAAAUCUUUUAGUAAUUCUGUGCUAUUCAAGUUUAAACCUUAUUUAGUAACAUGUCUCAUUGUGAA